AUGUUCUGGCGUUUUGGGGGAUAUGCCAGUAUCUCCACCAUCGAUACCCUUCUUGACAAGCCGGAGGUCACUCUCGAGGACCUGCUGGAUGAGCCGGAGAUCAUCCAGGAAUUGAAACAGCAUAAUACAAAACUCAUAGAAUACCUGCGCGAAGACCAUGUCUUGAAACGGCUUAUGGACUAUGUGACUGCACCAAGCUUGGUGAAUGACGACGAAGAAAAUGAUGAUGAUGAUUCUCACGAAAAAGAUGCCGCGCGCGAUGCAGGCUCCACGGCAAAACCAUCGGAACAGGCCGACAGUGAACACCAGGAAGGGAAACAAGAGAAGGAAUGCGACCCGCUGAGAGAUGUGCUGGACCCCGAGGACCUCGAUAAGGUCGAGAAGACUCGUUUGAAGCACGCCUACGUGGCGUGCGAGGUUCUCUCGUCUGAAACUUGGUCCAUCCUGGAGUCGAUGAUGGCCAAUCCCUCGUACUUGCGCGACUUCUGGGGCUUCCUCCGACGACCUGCGCCGCUGGACUCUCUGCAGGCAAGCUACUUCACCAAGGUGAACGAAACUUUACUAGAUAAAAAGACGGAGGAGAUGUUGGACUUCCUGAAAUUGCUUGAUGGGAUUGUUCCCGCGAUAUUACAGCAUGUCGACAAUCCAAUGGUCAUGGAUCUCCUGCUCAAGAUCAUCAGUCUAGAAAAAGCCGAGGGAGGCCAAGGUACGGUGGACUGGCUGAAGUCGCAGGACCUAGUCCCUACGCUUCUUUCCUUCCUGUCCCCCGAAUACCCCGGUUCCGUGCAGACAUCCGCAGGUGACUUCCUCAAAGCCAUCAUCACCAUUUCCGCCAAUGCCACGCCAAAUGAUCAGUCCUGCAUUGGCCCCAACAGCCUUACCCGACAACUCGUCUCACCUGAGUGUAUUCAGCAACUUAUCGAUGCAAUGCUGAAGGGUGGCAACCCACUAACUGUGGGCGUGGGUAUUGUGAUCGAGGUCAUCCGCAAGAAUAACUCUGACUAUGACCCCGAGCACCUCGGUGGCCCUGACUCCAUGCCUACGCCUUAUGACCCGAUCUACCUGGGCAGCCUGCUUCGCUCAUUCGCUCAACAUAUCCCCGACUUCAUGGCUCUUAUUCAAAGCUCCAAGCACGCUGUCCAUGAUGGCACCCAGCUGAAAUCUGUGGAUCGAGGCCGGCUGAACUCCGCAUGGGGUGCCAAAAUCGAGCCCCUCGGCUUUGAUCGCUUCAAGACAUGUGAAUUGAUGGCAGAAUUGCUUCACUGCAGUAAUAUGGGUCUUCUGAACGAACCUGGCAGUGAGGACUAUGUUCGGCAUCGCGAUACUGAACGUGAGAGAUUGAUUCGGGAGGGUGUCUUCAAUCCUCACCAUGACGAGCAGUCUGGUAUGGAUUAUAACGAUACCACUGUGGAUUUCACCAAUGGAUCGGCCAUGGAUGUUAGCUCACCGGAGGCUUUGAAACCCCGUGCUGGGGAAGAGGAGGACUUCGAGGAUGUGGGUGCCUCUGGUGUAUUGGUCGGCGAGAAUGCCAAUGAGGCUAGGGCCAAACAGGCUACACAAGAAUGUCCCCAGCCCACUGCAGACUCUACGCCCGUAGAUGCGCCAAAGGCCGAGCCCGAUACUGCGAAGGCGCCCCAGAACCCCGACUCUCCCACAGGAACCACUGGCCUUGCGGAUCAAGUUGGAGAGAUCGAGCUCGACCAUGAAAAGCCCGGUGAGCAACAGACAUCUGUUGAACAGGAUAAGGAGCAGGUCUCGGGGUCUGUUAAUACCGAGGAUGUUCCAUCUCCGCUCUUUGCCUCGAAAGAUCAGCCAUCCGAUUCUUCUACUCACCCGGAACAUCAUCCGGAAGGAUCUUCUGCCAUCACUGAAUCUGCUCAGGAGAGAGGACCUGCGAAUGACGGAGGCGCUGAGGAUUCUGCCGAGCAGUAUAUUCAGUAUGACACUGACGGACGGCCCGUGGUUGGAGAUUAUUUGAAGACCCAGUUCGUUGAGAACAAGGUGGUGCCAACUAUCCUGGGUUUCUUCUUCCGAUUCCCUUGGAACAACUUCCUUCACAAUGUCGUCUACGAUGUGGUCCAGCAAGUGUUUAAUGGACCCAUGGAACGCGGUUAUAAUCGCGCUCUCGCAAUUAGCGUGUUCGAGGUUGGUCAAAUUACAUCCGCAAUCGUGGAGGGACAGAAGCGCAGCGACGAGGCCCAGCGCACCAAGCAGAUCCGUCUUGGUUACAUGGGCCACCUUACGCUAGUCGCCGAAGAGGUCGUCAAAUUCAGCGAGCGCCACCCGCCUGAACUUCUGUCACGAUCUGUAAUGGAGUCGGUUCUGAAUCCCGAGUGGAUUGACUACGUUGAGCAAACCCUUUCUGAGACUAGGGAGCGCGAUAACGCCAUUUUGGGCGGUGUACGCCCGGACAUGGCUGUUGGCUCUCGUCAAACAACCGUCAUUGGCUCAUCUAGCUCCAGCCAAGGUUUCAGCAACUCCAAUGCUCUCGCCGAGGCGGGAUUGAAUGGGGGAAUCAGUGGCUCUACUUUCCAAGUGUUUGACAUCAACCAAGGUAGUGUGUCUGGCGGAGCCGUCGGCGGCGGUGGUACUUCUUUGCUUAGCGGCUUCGCAAGCUCGAGUGACGACGAAGACGAGGAAAUGGAUGACCAGGAUGACAGAGAUGCCAACAUUGGCGAACAUGGCGAUUCCGAGAAUGUCUCUGAAAAUUCCGCAAGUCAGCCCAUUCCCAUCUUGCCUCCGCCUCCGGCUCCACUGAGCCUUGGACCAUCAAGAGCUCGUCGUCAAUUGGCGGCUCGUCUUGCCGCCCAGAAACAGCAGGCGACUGAAAAUGCAGGCGCCGAAGAAGAGGAAGAAAAAGGUGAAGAGGGAGAAUCACGAGAGUGGUCUACCAACCCAUUUGUCAUUGCAGGGAUUGAUGAUGACACCGAAGGCGGUAACUCGGCCUUCCCUAAUACCGACUUCGCUGCAAAUGCAGACCAGACUUUCUCCCCAACGUUCCCCAGCUCCGGUUUCAGCCCAUCAGACUCUUUCUCUGAUAACUCGUCAGACGAGGAUGGUGAUGGUCGCACAGAAGCCGUCAGACGACACGUCCGUGUGCCCCUCGAAGUGGAGGAAGACGACGAGAUGGGCGAAAUGGUUGGUCCCAGUGCCAGUGGCCUGAUUGACUCAGACGACGAGGACGAAGCCAUCAUCAACGAGUCUCUCGGUUAUUCUAACCUACCUGGCCAAACCCGCUAUAGCGGGUUCCGCCGGCCGCGGGCUGUCAGCUCCCACUUUGAUGAUGACCAAAAUGACAGCAGUGACGGCGAAGAUGAUGGACUCGUUGAAAUCGUCGUCCCUGGCCGGAAGUCCUCGACCUCAAACUAA